UGAGGAUAAUAAGAUUUUUCUAAUCUAAUAAACUAUGAACUGUUCCAAACUUAUAAAAAGAAAUGCUUAUAUUAUUAGACUUUUAUCUAAUAGGACAUUUUGUUCCAAAGUGCCUGUAGUUCCAGUUACAACAUUGGAAAGAAAAAAUAACAGUCAAUUCAAAGUUGAUUCAAACACUAUAGCACUUUUGGAAAGGCUUUCUUUGGUUAAAUGUGAUACAGUAGAAGGUGUAGAAGUAUUAGAAGAUUCUAUAGCAUUUGCCGAUAAAAUUCUUCAUAUAAAUACUGACAAUAUAGAACCACUUUAUUCAGUUCUCGAAAAUGAGAAUUUAAGUCUCCGUUCUGAUGAAAUAACACAAGGAAAUUGUCAAAAGGAUAUUCUUAAGAAUGCAAGUUUAACGGAAGAUGAUUAUUUUGUUGCACCACCAGGAAACAUACCCUUGCAUGAAGUUAAUAAUGAAUAUCAAUCAAUAAAGAAAAAUGAGAACUAA